GCCCGGGACUGUUUAAGAGAAACAGCUACGUGCUUGUAGCCUGUGGCGAAUGUCUUUCCUGACUGGUUCCUGUGGGAGGUCCCGCCCCGCCCCACACUUCCCCUGGGGAGAGGGAGCGCAGGAGGCAGGGAAAAGGGGGCGCGGCCCCCUUCGCCCAGCGUGCCACGGGGUUUCGCGAGCAGCUCGCACUGCGACAAAACGACCCUGCUUGGAAAGCGGACCGAACCACGCCACGGGCGCCGCUCGGAUGGAAACUUAAGAGGGGAGGGCGGAAGCCCCAGACUCGGCCGAGAGCGAGCGAGGCGCCGCGUCGGCGUCAUGCUAUGGAGAGCAGGGGUCCCGCGGUGCUGGGCUUGGGGCAACUACUAGCUUCCUUCGGCGAGUGCCCGGCGGCCGAGGAGGUAGCCUCGGCUGCGCCAUGGCGAGCCCCGGGCAGCGCGGAGACGGCAGGAGGAGGCAGCAGCGCCGUCGAGCGGGACUGCGCGGGGGAGAAGAAGAAGGACCUUCCCGAGGAGGCGCUGCUGGAGUUGCGCCGCCUCCGCGGGCCGCUCUCCCUGCCCGCCGGCCCGACGCUGGCGGCCGCGCGGCUCUUCCCGCGGAACCGCCUCCAGGGGGACAGUGACGGGGACGACGACGACGGAGGGGGGGCGUCGGGCGGCGUCGGGGGCGGCAGCGGCGUCGGCUGCUGCACCAAGUGCAAGAAGCGGGUGCAGUUCGCCGACUCGCUCGGCUUGUGCCUGGCCAGCGUGAAGCACUUCAGCGCCGCCGAGGAGCCGCAGGUGCCGCCCGCCGUCCUGUCCCGCCUGCAGAGCUUCCCCAUGCGCCAGAAGGACUUCGAGGAGUUCAGCGCCGCCCUGGCGGGACUGGGCGCUUGCGCCGCGCCGGCCUUGCGCCCGCUGCUGUUGCCUCAGGCGCUCCAGUUGGUGCUGCCGCCGCCCGACGAACCCGGGCGGCUGCAGUGCCAGCGCGUGUGCCUGGAGGAGGCGACGGGCACAGCUCUGGCCGGGGCUCCCACGGACGUGCGCGGCGUGGUGAGGGUGCUCAGCUGCCCGGGCCCCAAAGAAGUGACGGUGCGCUACACGUUCAACGAGUGGCUCUCCUUCUUGGACACCCCCGCGGCGCCGCUGCCUCCGCCGCCAGCGCCUGGGGACCCCCCGGAGCCCUGCAGCCCCGUCGAGCGCUACCAGUUCACCCUGUGCCUCCCCCCCGGUCUGGAAGAGGGCACGGCCGUGCAUUUCGCCAUCUGCUACCGCAGCCAGCAGGGCGAGUACUGGGAUAACAACGGCGGGGCCAAUUACACACUUAGCAGCCCGGAAAAAUCCGCGCCGCCCUUUUAUUGACACCGACGAGGCGCCCUUGGGGGUCCGUCUGCUUGCCUUCCUCGGUUGCCAGAGAACCUCGGAGCAAGAAGCCAGCUGUGCUUUGCCUCGCACCGCGUGCUUUACAGCCUUCCGAGCCCGGCGACGUCCAGGAACUGCCGCCACUCAGCCUUGCCUUUGUGCCUUCCACCCCAAUCCUUUGGAAGCGGACCGGGGGUAGCCAACCGUGCCUUUGCACUUACAUUAGCCUCGCUGCAGCCAGCCUACUUCAAGUUGGAGCAAGGACCAGCCUUGUAGGGAAAGAAGAUGUGAAAAGAAAAUGUGAAAACCAGGGCCUGACAAUGGGAGAGAGAAGGACAAAGCAGGCAACCUGAAUGUUACCUGCUUUCUGCUCCAGGCAAACACAGAUAUGACCUGGUGUCUAUAACUGGUGGAGUGACUGAUGCUGUGAAACAUACUUUUUUGUGGGGGGAAGUAUGCCCCUCUGGAGCGAGAGAGUGGAGUUUGCUGUUCUGGAAGCUUGCAAGAGGUGGGGGGACGGACUAUUUCUGACCUGUGCCUUCCGUUAAACCUCUGAAAAGCCAAGAAGGAUGCAGUUGAAUUACAGAAGUCUCUCCGAGAACCGAGUAAACAGAGCUGUUCAAAAUACACAUGCACGGCUGAGUCCUUCCCUGUUGCAACUUGAAUACCAAGCCUUUUCUUUACACAAAUAAACUAGAGGCACUUGGUCUUCCACCAAAGGGAUAAUGUGCUCUUAUUUUUGUAACGCAGAUGGGAAGGACCUUUUGGCAGAAAUCGUAACAGAUAUUGGCCAGGGGCUUGACGAAGAGGGAUUUUUUUUAUCUCUUUGUUUUUGAAAAAGGGAACUUUUGUGGCUGCUUGUUUGUUGUUUUGUUUGCACUGGUGAUUUUAGUCUUGGUUCCAGUCACACCAGUCUACAUAGCAUGUUAAGAAAUUCUCACUUAAAGCACAUCACAUGUGGGCUUUCAAGGUUCAUGAAGGUGUGAAAUGUCUGUCUACUAGAAAAUCCACACUGGAAUGUAAUAGCCAUUGAGGAAAGGUUUUAGAGUUUCUGUGACCAAAUGAAAAUGAAGCCAGAGCUCCAGAACUUGCUGUAGCUGUGUAGAAGAGGGAAUUUGGCUGGUUUGUGUUUUUGCUGCUGAAAUUCAUCCUCUCUACAACUAUUGGAAGUUCUUGAGCCCUGCCUUCCUUUGCAUCCAAUCCUGCUUAUGUUUGCUCCCUGCUUCUGGCUGGAUUGUAGCCGCUGCCAACAUACAGAAUUAAGCUUUUUGCAAACUGGACACACACUUAAGGGUUUUGCAAAAGUUGAUGGAUGCAUGUGGUGGCAGCUGCAUGUAUCUAGCUGGUAGUGAGGAAGGCAAGCAGGAUUAAAUAAUAAUAAUCCUUAGCUGGACUACUGCAUAGCUUUUGUGUGGACCAUCGUCCUUGGUGUGUGCAGAUUGACUACUAGGUGCUUUAAAACGUAAACCCACUCAGUAUUCCUGAAGCUUCUCUUGAGAUGACAUACCUGUGGCAAUAGCUGCUGAUAGAGCAAGCAACUUUCAUGUGAGAUCCUCUUCCUCUGGAUGUCCCAUCUCUGUAACUUGGUUGAGUCCUUUGAAGGACUUCUUACUUUGAAACUUAAUGCACUUUUACAACCCUAAAUGGUUAAAACAACAAACCCAAAAGCUAGCUGCAGUCUUGCUACAGCUCAGGCUGUGAAGUGUUUAGUAGGAGCAAUCAUUCUGGGAAAUUAGCUGUUAAAACAGGAACAACUUGAUGACCACUUAAUUGGUGUCUUUGGGACUACUAUUAACUAAAGUGGCCACUGAAUAGCACCUUUAGAAGCCUGUCUAGCAGUCAAGUUGUAUUAAGGUCUCCUCUCCAGUCAUGAUAAAAUGGUCUAAUGACUAAAAGUGACAAUUAAUUGAUUAACCUUCCAAGGGCAAACUCAUUUCUUAGCAUGCUCUUUCUUACAGUAUUCACUUUCUAAAACUUGGAAUGGUAGGUUCUUUCCUGCCUGGGAUUUGGGGGAAUUGUAUUGCUGGCACCAUUUCCGAUAUUUGUACUUUUCUUCACCCUUUAUAAGGGUGUUGACCUUAGCAUUCUUUUCUCAAAUAAUGUGACUCAGUAGGUCAGUAGUAUGGAACAUCUGAUGUGUUGUACCUUGAGGGCUCCUGUAUGGGUAUAUGAAUGCAGUAGACUGGCAUACCCUCCAAGGUGAAGGGAGAUGUGAGCAGGGUAAACUUUGCA